CAGAAAACCCUGGAUCCCAAUAAAUAUGCAACGAAAAAAACCAUAGCUCAGGGUCUUUUGGAUGUGGCACUUUUAACGGCCAACGCCUCGCAACUCAAAUAUAUACUCCAAGUUGGGCCUAAGCACGAGUUCUAUACACUUAUGCUUAGUCUCAUUAUAGUUUCCAUUAUAUUGCAGUUAGCGGUCGCAAUUAUGUUCGUUAUAAUUGGAGGUUUGAAUAUCAACAAAGAGCGAAACAAAAACUCUGCCAUGAUAUUGAAUGAUAUCAUACUUGUAUUCAUAUUUUUGAUAGCCAUAGUGAAUAUUUUGAUAUCUGGAUUUGGUAUAGAAUAUUCAAGUCAACCUUUGGAACAUAUGUGAUAUUAUAAUCUUGUAACAGACCUCGAUUGGUCAUUAUGAAUCAACUAAAAGUAUCGAAAAUAUUAACAGAGUUAAACUCAUCAAACAAUACUUACAUAUAUACAUAAUGAGUAAAUAGUAAAAGUCAUAUAUUCGGUAUUGACUAUUUUGUAGAAAAAUUAGACAACUGAAUGGUUGUAAAUUUUUUACUUUUUUGCCAGAAAUAGAUCAACCUUUUGUCGGUGAGGAUUGUGGUUUUUUAUCAACACUUUUUCAUCAAGGGUUGAAAUGAUUAAACCCAUUGAAUUUCAACUUUUCUGGCGUAUUCUGAAGUCGAUCAUGGACAUUAGCUCUGAUUGGUAUCAUACUUUGAAAAUUGAAUGAGGUGACAUACACUCUAGGUGUAUGUCAUUAGGUUGUUAAUUUUCCGCUUUACCUUUUACUCACUCUGUAUAAACGAACAAAUAAAUUACCGAAAAGUAUUCCUUAACUUCUUGAAUGUCAACAGAUUUGUAUUUAUGAAGUAAACUGGAUAUACUUUGAAGAUCAUCUCAAAUAAUAUAUUCGUAUCUAAAUUUACUUAAAAAAAAUAAGAAAAAUAUAAAUUAUAGAAUGGAGUUGCAUAAUUUCUACAGAUAUAUCUGAUAUAUAUAUAUUUUUCAUUUGUGUUUUUUUAUUUUUUUCAUUUUAUUUUUGUAAUUUUUCAGAGGUUGAGUGGAGUAGCUCAUGCUAGACUUCGCCUCAAGUGUAUUUUUGUUUUUUUUCCCAAUAAAGGCACUAUUAUUAUUAUUAUAUCUGAUAUACAAAAAGAACUGGAGAGAAAAAUUUUAAUAUUUUAAUAUUUUUCCCAAUCUUAAUAUGAGUCUGUUGCUUGUAGAGGGUGAAUUUUCCAAAACUAGUCAGACAGCGAGUAACUUUCAGGAGUUUCCUAUUUUUUUUGAAUUUUGCAUUAUUGCAAAAAUCUUUAAUCCUUACUUAUACGUAAUCCAAGAACAACAAUGAAUUCAAGACAAUAUAAUACAAUAAAAUGUGAAGUAUCACCAGUUUACUAUUUAUCGAACAAUUUGUAGAUUUAGAAUAAUUUAUUCUUGAUUUUAUUGAACCAUAAGUAGUUGAAUUGAAGAAAAAUGUUAUGUGAGGUAAAACCAAUUACUUGGUUGAAUUCUAGAUUAUAUCUUUUUUCUGCAAGAAUCGAGUGAUUCUAUAAACUCGAAUAAUUUAUUCUGAAAAUAUAAACCUCCUCCUAAGUAAAAAUUUUAUUGGCAAUAUGUAAAUAAGCAUAACAACAGAAUGAGGCUGAAUAACCAAUUGAAAAGGUCUAUUCGUCGUUUCAGUUACUAACGAUACAAAAACCAUCUGUUUCAUACCAAAGAUUAUAGAGUUAACCUAACCUAACUCUAUAAUCUUUGUUAAUUCAUUCAUCAUACUUAAACAAAGCCCAAUCGCUAUCGAAUAUGAAGAACAAGAUGGUAAAUCUAGAAUCGAGCUAAAAUAAACAUUUA